AUGUCGACAGGGAGAUCGAGGAGCCGAACACCUGUUCCCGCUCAUGCCGAAAUCAUCGACGUCGAAGAUGAGCCGAUUACUGCUCGAAUACAGCCGCGGCCGCGUGUUCCGAGUCCUAGUCGGGUUGUUGUCAAUCAUCCCUGGACCAAGGAGGUCAAUCAGAAAUUGGAGAAAAUGUUCAAACUGCCAGGGUUUAGGCAUAAUCAGAGAGAGGCUAUCGACGCUACCCUCAGUGGAAAGGAUGUCUUUGUGCUAAUGCCCACGGGUGGAGGAAAGAGUCUGUGCUAUCAACUACCAGCUGUUUGCGAUGGUGGCAAGACACAAGGAGUGACUUUCGUCGUAUCCCCGCUCUUGUCGUUGAUCACCGAUCAGUGCGCACAUCUGGCGGCUAACGAUAUCCCAGCUAUCGCCUAUACUGGGGAUCUCUCGGCUGCAGACAAACGGACAGCCAACGAGCAGCUUAGUCAAAGGGACCCGUGGGUCAAGGUAGUCUAUAUAACGCCAGAAAUGCUUAAAGCGAGCACGGUGACAAAAGACAUCCUCCGAGGUUUGUAUAACCGAAAGAAGCUGGCUCGUUUCGUCAUCGAUGAAGCACACUGCUUGAGCUCGUGGGGUCACGAUUUCAGGCCCGAUUACCGGGCAUUGGGCGAGCUCAAGGCGGAAUACCCUGGAGUGCCUCUGAUGGCAUUGACAGCGACGGCGAACAACCAGGUGCAACAAGACGUCCGGAACAUCCUUCACUUGGAGGGAUGCGCGUUCUUCAAGCAGUCCUUCAAUCGGCCCAAUCUCUACUACGAAGUCCGAAACAAGACCGCAAAAUCCAUCGUCGCCGACAUGUACAAUUAUAUCCAGCUGCAACCGGCAGGAUCGACCGGUAUCGUAUACGCUAACUCUCGUGACCAGUGCGAGAAGUUGGCGGCCGAUCUACGUAACGCGCAUGGUCUGCGGGCACAUCACUAUCACGCCGGCAUGUCAAAGCAGGAUCGGAUUCAGACUCAAACCGAUUGGCAGCAAGACAAGUUCGACGUCAUCGUUGCGACAACGGCAUUCGGUAUGGGUAUCGACAAGGCCGAUGUCCGGUACGUCAUUCAUCAGGCUCUCCCUCGUUCGUUAGAAGGCUAUUAUCAAGAGACCGGUCGAGCAGGACGAGACGGCAAGGCGUCUCAAUGCGUCGUGUUCUAUUCCUAUUCGGAUGUACGGAGUGUUCACCGGCAGAUCGACCGAGACGACACUCUCAACCAUGAGCAAAAGAACAGGAAUAAAGAGGCCGUUCAAGCGGUCCUACGGUAUUGCAUCAACCGGACUGAUUGCCGUCGAGCACAGGUCCUUGGUUUUUUCGGCGAAUCCGCGUGCGAAUGUUAUAAGGGUUGUGACGUCUGCUUGUCGCUCGACAAAGAAAUCCGAACAUCAAGAGACGUCACCGAGCACGUCGUCAAUGCUCUCAAGCUCGUGCAACAGGUCGACGAUUCUACAACUCUUAAAGCAGCCACAGCCUUGUUCAGGGGUACAAAGACCACCAAAGGGUCCGAAAACCCCUUCUUCGGGAUCGGAUCAGACUGGUCACUCGGCGACGCCGAGCGGUUGUUCGAGAAGAUGAUGAUCGAAAACCUCUUUGGCGAGGUUCACAGAGCCAACGGGGCCGGUUACACAAAUUCCUAUGUUUGCCUCGGUCGAGAUCAUCAGCCUUACUUGAAGGGAAAGAAGCGUUUCAACAUGGACUUCCGGGACGAGACCCCUAAAGCCAAUAAGACGAAACCCAAAACGAAAGCUGCGACAGCAGCAGCGAAGAAGAAAGGAGCAGUCUUGCGCAACCCAUCUGUCAAAGAUGUAUUUGUCGGUCAGGACUAUUGGGACUCGGACGAAGACUACAAUGACGCGAUAGAGGAGUCGCCGCCGGUCACCAUAGCCAAGCGCGUCUACCCAAAACGGACGAUGCCGACUAGUGCUGCUGGAACGAAAUCCCUGACUGGGAACGGCUCAACGGACUCUCAGUCAAAGUGA